AUGGCUGUCAAAUUUACGGCUGUUCAUAAGAACAAAAAAAGGAAAAAAAGCAACCAAAUUAAAGUCAAAGAAGACAUAAUAAGCUCUCUUCAUGAUGACUACCUUGUCGAUAUCCUAUCGUUAAUGUCCCUUGACGUUGCCGUUGCCACGAGCUUCUUUGCCCGACAAUGGCGGGAUCUUUGGACUGAAGUCACAGCUAUCCAUAUCAAUAUCAAAACUUCCAAAGGACCCUUUAAGUACUGGAACACCUUUCAAGAGAAAAUCCUACCAAAACUCACUUCUCCACUUAUUCGAAGAUUUGGUCUCGAUAUAAAUUGUGGUGCUUUAAGCACAUAUGCAUCUGAUCAAAUAGAUUUGUGGUAUCAACUAAUUUCAGCUCGAUGGAAGAUCGAGGAAGUUAAGGUCAAGUCGAACGGGUUCGAAGGUCAUAUAUCUUUCCCAACUAUCUUCAAAAUACCAACGUUAGUAGUUCUUGAAUUAAGUGGUGAUAUAGAUUCGUUUGUUAUUUCUGUCGAUGAGGUUAACUUGCCGAAUUUGAAAAAGUUGAGUAUACAAAUCGAUUUUACACAAUCGACACAGUAUUUGUUUAUCGAAAAACUUGACGAGUAUUGUCCAUUACUCGAAGAGUUAAGUUUGAAGUGUUGUAAAGUCCGUGGAGGUGGGCUUUUAAUUCCGGGUCAUGUUCCAUUAUCGGGGAAGAAUUUGAAGCGAUUGAGUGUACAACACUCGGGCUAUAACCCAGCGAAAAUCAUCGAUAUAGAUGCACCUCGAUUGGAAUACUUAACAUUGUAUUCUUCAAUCGAUUUGUUUCGGUUCGUGUCGACUCCUAUUGGGUUAGUAGAAGCCCAUAUAGGUGGCAAUCUUCAUAACGGAUUAAUGACGUCGAAACUUUUCGAUUCGAUUUGUAAUCUAAGAACCCUUACUCUACGGAGAGCCAUGAUAUCCGAAACGCCUACCUUGUUUUCCGAUUUGACUCAUCUUAUAUGCACCAUAUCUCGUUCCGAGGCGGAUUUCAAUGCGGUCCUAGGUUUACUCGAACGAUGUCCGGUUCUCGAGGCUCUUAUCUUAAACAUCACUACAACUUGUAGAUAUGAGAAGGUUUCUGAACCUGCAUUCAUGUUAACUCGUGUCGAGAAAGUGUGGAUGAAGUUCGGUUCUUCCUUGUUGCUUAACAAAGAUGCAUUGAAUAUGAUGAAUUAUAUGUUAAGUAGUGCCCGUGUUUUGAAGGAGCUUGUACUUGAGGUUACUGGUUGGAGUCAUACUGAUUUUUCCGAUGAUGAUUCAGAUAGUGAUGUUUCAGAUGGUGAUGUUUCAGAAGAAGAAGAAAACCUCGAAGUGGAAGCUUGUAGGGAGGCAUUCGAGUGGGCAAGAUGUUCAUUUUCGCGCUAUCAAGUUGAUUUUUUGGGAAAAUAUCUUCAAAUCAAAUUAUCUGGCGAUGAACCUAAGUUAAUUAGGACAUCUAAGGGUCGCAUUAUUUGUAUAUAA